GGUGCAUCUUUGCGAGUUUCAAGCGACAUCAUCGUUGGCCAAGUCAUUGAAGUCUGUUAUUCUUAAGGAAAGAAAUCAUCAACUCUGCUCUUUGAUGCGUGUGUGAUUGUCACAUCUAGAAUCCCCUUGUCCGCAGCCGUCCCCCGCCCUGUCCCGACCAUCGUGCUUGGUGUGUGUGUUGGUUGACGUCUAGACACAAAGAGCUGACAGGCGCCUUGUCUGCGUCUCCCUUUUGCUCUCGCUCAACCUUUGCAAUCCCAUCCUCGCUCUUGCAAUCUCUCUUCAUAUCAUCGACCCAAGUCCAUGACAUGCGGGCGACGGCGCCUGUACUAACGACGACGACUCCGCCGCACCCAUCAUGACCUCAGCCUUUGUGCGCGUUUCUGGCCCGCCGAACAGCAACUUCCUCGUGGGAUAUCCUGGAAUCUCGGCCACUUCACCGCGGAUAGAGGGCAAGGUUGAGGUUCGCCCACUGUUGGGCGUCUCAGCUCCUGUCCAUGUAUCGCUGGUUACCGUCUGCCUGCAGCGCCGCGAAAGCAUCCACCCCUCGGCCGAUACAAUCAAAGGCCAUCUGGUCACGUCAAAUCGUCGCGAAAUCACAGACAUAGUCGGCAAGGAGAUGCUGUUAUAUCGCGCUCCACUUGGGAGAGAAAGCGAAGCAGUACUGUCUAUGGACCUUCCAUUCGUCAUCUUCAUUCCCUACGGCCGAGGUGGUGAAGAGAUGGCUCGCCGUGUACCACCGGCGAGCUUGCAGCUGGAUCGUCGCGCUGCAGAAACAUACUACGAGAUUGUUGUCACAGUCCAACACGGCGCAAGCGACCAGAAGAAAUACGCCUUUCCUGUACCCAUCGCCCGCUACGAUACCUUGUCGACUUUCGGCAUGUACAACCGUCCAGAAAGCGCAGAACGGGUCGUCGACCAUCUCGUCACUCUCGCAAUAUCAUUACCACGCUGGUCUUACGGCCCCCUGGACCCCGUCAGCGUCUACAUCAAACUCACUCCCAACCCGGACAUGCUCAAGAAAGCCAUGAAGGUUACAAUAAAGACGAUAACUGUCAGCAUUGAAGAGGAGGUCAUAUACAAUCAUCAGGGCGACGAGCCGCAACGAAAAGCAAAAUUGCUAGCUUCAUCCACCCACCGCGUAGGGAUUAAGAUGCCCGAAGCUGGUUACUUUACAAAUUUGGGCUUGGUCUUUCCAGCCAGAGACUUGCGAAAUCCAGAAGGAAUCUUGCCCCGACAGAAGCGAGAGUUUCCUCUAUACGCUGUCAGCGGUUUCACAACCACCGGUACUCUUUACAAGAUUGAGUACUACCUGGUGGUAAAGGCCACCAUGUCUGGCGCAAAGGACAUAUUGAUCCGCCAACCCAUUGUCGUCUGUCCCUGGGAUCACGCUGGUUGCAAAGAAGAAAUGGAAGCCAUCGAGCAAGCCGCCAAAGACGCCUAUCACAUCUCUCCCGACAACCCCAUGUUACCCGCCCCUACCAUCAUCAAAGCCUCCGACGCCAAUGGUCUCAAAAGUCUAGGCAUGACCAUAGUCGGAGGUCACAGGAAACCCCUGAUUGAAUGAUCUGCUCUCUCCCGAUUUGUUUACUGUUCACUUCUCUUAUACCACUACCACUUUUUGGGACAAGUUACGACGUCACGACUAGUCCACUUGCCUCUUAUUCUUUGUUUUCUCAGCAGCGGGAAGGGGCAAAAAUGUUGAUUUGGCGCGGAGUUUUUGGGCGUUUGAAAGGAUGGAGAUAUGUCAGGCAGACUGGUGUCAACGGGACACUGGUGCCUUGCUCGAAUUGUGCCAGCCUCUGAGGAUUUGAAUUGCAUUUCUGGGAGUUUUCUUCUUUUUUCAGACCCUGCUCCAUUCUCCAUCAUAUGUGUCAUCGAUGGGAGACAACUUUGUAGCUAGAAGGACGGUAUCCUCUGUUUUUAGCAACAUAAUGUCAGUUCUUUCAGAAG